GUACUCUGAUCCUGGAAACUUGGGCAUCAAGUGUUCUUAAGUAAGUGUACCAUAAUUUCCUCAAACUUUUUCAAUGGCUCAAUCAGACUCUUGCCUAAAUCCAGACCUGUCCAACAGCACCAUUGUCCACAGCCCACUAGGCAUCUGUUCAGACCUGGAUACCCAGAAAGGAAGGGAGGAUGAGGAAAGAGAAGAUGAAGAUGAGGAGGUGGAACUAGCAGAGGAGGUAGGGGAGGAUGUUUUGAUAAUGGAUGGAGCAGGAGAGGGGCAAGCUGAAGGAGAAUGCAGAAAGCAUGAUGAAAGGGAUGAAGUGGGGAUAAUCCAAGUGGCCCUGUUAUCAAAUGGAGUAGUAACAGACAGCGAGGAAGGAACUGAAAGACUAGAAGAAAAUGGGGAGGAAGGAGUAAAAGCAGGGAAUGCAGAGUGCAGAAUGAUAGAUGAACUGACAAGAGAGAAAGAGGAUGAGGGGAAGGCAGAGGAAGAGUCAAAAAGCACACAGAAAAUGACUGAAAAUCCAGCACUGAUAAAGAUUGAGAAAGGUCAAGAGCAGAUGUUAGACAAUGAUAAAGAAAAUGAACAUCAGGUAGCGUCCAGUACUGGUGAUUCAAAGCACCUUCAGGACUCGUGUAGUCUUGCAGAAGAAUUGCCAGAAAGUACACAGUUAUAUACUGAUAAUACAGAGAAAACAGAAGCUGUGAUUCUUCCCACUGAUGGUGAGGUAACAGAAAGAGCUGAGGAUGCAACAGUAGAUGAGACCCCUGUCACUACAGGGAUAAAUGAACAAGUCAACAAUCAAGAAGCUGUCUGCCAAACCUCUACUAUUAAUGGCAAUGGUAUAGCCUCUGAUACAAGUGGAAUAGUCGCAGUCAUGACAAAUCAGACCAAACAAUUAACAACUGGGAAUGAAGAUGAAAUGAAAAACAAUGACAAGGAGGACAACCCAGAAUCCAGCAAGCAGGAAGUUGAGUCCAUUAAUAACAGCAAAUGGCAACAGAAGGAUUGCAUAGAGGCCAAAGCUGAGGAUAAGGGAGCCAACGAGUUUGUAAAUGAUGCUAUUUCUGCUUGUGACAAUGAUCUAGACAUAGGAAGUGAAGCAAAUCAGAAAGCUGAGCAACCAGACUUUGUGCCCUCUGAAGAACCAUUGCAGACAGAAGGAGGAAUUGAGGAAACAAGGAUGGUAGGGAUCGACCAGAAGGUGCUAGAGGAAGAGCAGGUGCGAGAGGUUUGGGCUAAUACUCUAACAGUGAUGGACGGGAGAGGACUGAGUAUGGAAGAUGAGGGUACGACAGAUGAUAACGUUGUAAGAGAGUCACUGGUUGAGGAAGAGCACAGAGGAAGAGGUGAUCUAGAAAUGCAAGAAGAGAAGAUCGUUCAAGUUGAAAACCAGGGAAAUGAAGAUCUUCCCAAACCAGUACUGCACUGUGUGGAGGAGGUACCUUUAGACACACAACAAGAUGUGGAUUUAGACCAGGUGGAGGAGGCCUUUGAACUGGAGGAAGGGGGUGAAGUUGAAGCUGAUAAACCAGGAGUUGAGUUUAUAUCAGAGGAAAAUGAGUCCACAACAGAAGAGGGGGGUGGUUUUCAAGAACAUCCUUCCCAGCUCUUCAAAGAAACAGAGGCAGACUUGGGAGAAAACUCGAGAGAACCACUAAGAGAAGAGGCACUUGCAAAAGAUGAGAAGGGAGAAGGAGGAGGAGGAGGAGAAGAAGCAAUGGAGGCAGAGGUGGAGAUGGCAGAAGAGCCUGUGACUGUUUUAGAUGAUGAGAUUGAAGACAUAGAGGAGAGUCCAUGUACAGAACUUGAAGAAAAGAAGCUCGCCAACAUUACAGCCCCUCCUGAAAACACCACAAUUGAUAAAAAGGAUGGAGAGUAUCAAGAACUGCAAGAAGACAAAACUGAGCUUGAGAAGGACAAUGAUAAGAAACAGAAAGAUGGAAAAGUGGAGGCAGAGAAGGAUGAGAAGACAAAAGAUGACAACAGAGAGGAAGAUUUAGAUAGUAAUGAAAAAGUUAAAGGACUGAGGCAAGCAAUGGAAAAUGGGAUCUUGAGUCCUGAGCCGCAGCUGCUCAGGAAAGAAGAAUGGGAGACAGCAAGGGUGCUGUCACCCAGGAGAAAAGAUGAUGACUGGAUUAAAAAAGAAAAACCAGAGGAAGAGAGAGCACUAGAAGUGAAAGACUGGAGGAAAGAACUGAAGCCUGUGAAAAAAGACAUCUGGGAAUCUGAAAGGGGAAGAAAAGAUUGGGUGAAGAAGGAAACAGGGCCAGAAGAGAAAAGUCCACCAAGGAAGGAGGACUGGAUAAAGGAGCUGAAGUCAGUGAUCAAAGAUGAAUCCCUGCCCAAAAAGAGGGAUGAGCAGGUGAAGAAAAAGCGAGUGGUGCUGUUAGAGGAUGGACAUUCAUAUUUUCCUCAGAGGGAAGAGAUAAAUGAAAAGAGAGAGGAAGUGAAACUGAUCUCCCAUAAGAGGGUGGAGAGCCCAUUGCCUCCUGUGUGCAGGGACAGCAGAACACCCCAAGACCAGGACUACAAGAUCUCACUCUAUGUCAAGGCAGGAAGUGAUGGGGAGAGCAUUGGUAACUGCCCAUUCUCUCAGAGACUCUUUAUGAUCCUCUGGCUUAAAGGCGUCAUCUUCAACGUCACCACCGUCGACCUCAAACGGAAGCCGGCUGACCUGCAGGACCUCGCUCCAGGAACCAACCCUCCUUUCGUGACCUUUAAUGGUGAGGUCAAGGUGGAUGUCAACAAGAUAGAGGAGUUCCUGGAGGACAAACUGACUCCACCACGCUACCCCAGACUGGCUCCCAGACAUCCUGAAGCCAACACAGCAGGCAUCGAUGUGUUCGCCAAGUUUUCAGCUUACAUCAAAAACCCACGGAAAGACACCAACGACGCCUUAGAAAAAGCCUUGCUGAAGUCUCUGCGGCGUCUGGAUGACUUCCUCAGGACUCCGCUGCCUGAGGAGAUCGAUGCUGACGCGUCAGGAGACGUGCCCGAGUCCUCCAGGAGCUUCCUGGACGGGUCUGAGCUCACCCUGGCCGACUGCAACCUGCUGCCUAAACUACACAUCCUUAAGGUUGUAGCCAAGAAAUACCGUGACUUUGAGAUCCCAGCAGAGAUGGCAGGGGUGUGGAGGUAUUUAAACUGCGCCUAUCAGAGAGAGGAAUUCACCAGCACCUGCCCCGCUGAGAGGGAGAUCCUGUUCGCCUAUCUGGAUGUUGCGAAACGAAUCAAAUAAGAGAACAAGUGGGAAAUGAAGGAGAGAAUAGGGGUAAACAGGAGGGAGAAAAAUCAUUUUAAUUAACCGUAGAGAGAUUAAUCAUGUACAUGUGUAGGCGGUACAAUAAGUAGACAUAACAAAUAACACUGAUUACCUGUUUGUAUGUGCAUGUGUGCAUGUCUAUGUGUCGACAGUAUGUGUGUGUGUGUGCUCUCACAGGUUGGGUUGCACAGUCAUAUCUUCUAAUCAUUUUACAAAUAAUGAAAACCAGUAAUUUAGAGGUGUUGCACACAAAAUUCCUGAUUUCUUGUUUUUAUUUUUCACUAUUCAGAUGAUGGCAGGGCCAAGUUCACUGCAAAGAUAAACAAAUAGCACUACGAACACGCAUUACCAUUCAGUAUUACUAUAUUAGAAAGAAUUUGGUCAUUUUCAUUGCUAUGAUUAACCAGUCUGAGAAUCAGGUAUUACUUAGGACUUAAAUUUUAAUGAGAAAAUAAUAUAAAAAUACACAAGGAGCUGCUAUUCAAACUACUUUUAAAUCAUUUA